ACUCUUUCACGCUUUAUUGGGGUGCACAAACUUUCCUCCAGAAGAUGAUGCAGACUCGAAGCAAUAUUUGUCGGCUGAUUGCCUAGGUUCGCUGCUCUUCUAUUGGAAGGAGAGUUUUCUCGCAUGCGAUUUCGGAGAUAGCAACUCGAAGUCAUCUGGGCCUUCAGCGCGAGACCGACUGUUUUGGGCACUCUUGCGCUAUCAUCAUCCAUUGUUUGCGCGCUCCCUGGAAAUGUGGGGCUACGGCGCACAACAACUGGGCAUACUUGGGGAUCGGCUUGCAGGAGACCUUCGAUUGGCAAUCGUCGACGAAUCAACACUAAAGAAUGUUCUUGCUACAACCACAUCAGCAGCGUCGUCAACAGAAGCGCAGAAAAGCGAAAAGGAAGGAGGCGAGGCGACCCCUAUUGACGGCCAGCACGAAGAGAACACGCACAUUGUGAAAGCAGAGACGCGUACGACUUUGAAUAACCCUAAAGCACUCGGAUCACUCGUGCCGCUGCAUUUGCUCUACCGAAUGUUCCGAAAGUUUCAGGCCAUUCAGACGGCUGUUUCAGCGGAAGAACUACACGAGAUUCUUGCAGAGGGUUUUGUAGUAAGUAAAGACACCAAGAAGGACGGAAAGACGAGCCAGGAUUCCUCUCCAAGCAAUGCAGUCGCGACAACACCGACAGCGGCUGCUGUAGAGCAGGAGGCCCGCUUGCUCGAUCUCCUAUCUGAUGAUGCCCCAUUGCCUAGCGGAUGUCUAGAGACGGAAGCCUCCGCCAGUGGGGACUAUCUUUCGUAUCAAAGUGUGAACGCAAAUAGCUCGGGUCUCUCACCUGCAGGAAAAAAAAAAUCUUCACCCUCAAAAAUACCAGAAGGUCAACAUCAUCAGCUUCACGAGUUCCACUGGUUAGUUCUGCGUACGCCAGAUUUGUUUUUUCAUUAUUGGGCAGAACUGUGUGUAGGGCAUAGACCGACUUUGGUGGCGGCGGGCGCCCCCUGCGGCGUCCAGAUGCGACUAGACCUGGCUGUGCUUAGCUCGCAUCCACAGAGUAUAUGCGAAAAUGUUGGAACAUCGAAAUCCGGGCGAUGCGGUGCAGCCUGGAAUCGAUUUAUGUCCUUCUUCGCAGAUCGCGGCUUGCCGGUUGAAGCGUUUCACAACAACAGCAUGGUUCAACUUAUCGAUUGUCGGGAUCGUGACCAGCUAGCGCAAAGCGUCGUCGUUGAAAAAGAAAGACAGCCAUCGCCGGACGACUGGUUCAUAUCCGACGAUGGCAGUACAUCUUCGUCCGACGGAGAAGAUGAAAGCACAGCGCCAUCCG